UCCCAACACAGUAGCUGGCCGGGUCGACCAUGUGUGUUUUAUGAUCUUUUUCCUUAGGGAGCUAGGAUGUAUGUGGCUGAUGCUGGCAUUUGGUAGUUUCUUCGUCUUUAAUCCUCUUCCACAAGAGCAUGGACGAGGAUUUAAAAACAACAGCAACAACAACAAAAAACCCAAACAAGCAAAAAUAAUACAGCAGUACCCAAAAAUACUCUUGGAAGAAAACUUGAGAGUUGUCAGAAACAUACACAAUAUAGAGGGACAGAGAAAGCCAGUCUAGGAAGAUAAUUUACAGUGUGGUGUCUGCUUUUAUAGAAUUCAGAGUAAAAGAAGUAUUGUUUAGGGUCAGAAGUACAUAUAAGAUCAUCUUCUAGAAGGAAACAGAUGAUGAUAAAGCACAGAUUGCAGCUCCUGGAAGCAGUCUACAGAGAUACAAGCAGUUAGUAUAAGCACUGUGGUUGGUGUGGCUGGAAAUCUUUUCACUGAGCCAAUAGGCUACUUGGAAUCAUGUUUCACGGCCAAGAAUGGUACUCCAAGGCAGCCAUCCAUCUGUAGCCACUCCAGAGCCUGUUUGAAGAUCAGAAAGAGCAUCUUUAAUAAUCCUGAACAUUCCUUGAUGGGCCUAGAACAGUUUUCUCAUGUUUGGAUUUUGUUUGUUUUUCACAAAAAUGGCCAUUUGAACUACAAGGCAAAAGUGCAGCCGCCUAGGCUGAAUGGGGCGAAGACUGGAGUGUUCUCCACAAGGAGCCCACAUCGCCCUAAUGCGAUAGGACUGACGCUGGCCAGGCUGGAGAAGGUGGAAGGUGGCGCUGUGUACCUGUCUGGAAUUGACAUGAUCCACGGCACACCUGUGCUAGACAUAAAGCCCUACAUUGCUGACUAUGACUCCCCACAGAACUUGCAGCCUUUGGAGGACUUGAAUAUGCAGAAUAACCGCCAUAAGCCGAGGGCUGCGUCCCAGGCUGCUGGCACAGCUGACAGUUGUGACCAUCGCCUGCUCUCAGGGUGUGGGAAAGCACAGCACUGCCAGAGCGCCGAGGAGAAACCGAAACGCCUUGAAGACAGAACCCCAGAAGAAAACUCCCAGAAGUCUAGAGACAGCACAGGAACCCAGCACCUUGUACCUGAGGACGGAGAGGGAAGAGUGGGUUUGGUGCUGGAAUCAAGCAGAGGUGACAGCGUGGGUAUGGCUGAAGAGCAGCCGGGCCCACGGGAUCCGAAGAGCACAGAUAGGUCAGGGAACGCGGACCACGCCUUGGCCCUGCAGGGGAGCAGUGUAGAGACACCGUGGGCUUCCUGCAGCGCCGGGACAGCCGACAGAGCGCCCUGCAGUGCCGGGACAGCCGACAGAGCGCCCUGCAGCGCCGGGACAGCCGACAGAGCGCCCUGCAGCGCCGGGACAGCCGACAGAGCGCCCUGCAGCGCCCGGACAGCCGAUCGAGCGCCCUGCAGUGCCGGGACAGCCGACAGAGCGCCCUGCAGUGCCCGGACAGCCGACAGAGCGCCCUGCAGUGCCCGGACAGCCGACAGAGCGCCCUGCAGUGCCGGGACAGCCGACAGAGCGCCCUGCAGCGCCCGGACAGCCGACAGAGCGCCCUGCAGCGCCCGGACAGCCGACAGAGCGCCCUGCAGUGCCGCCGGGACAGCCGACAGAGCGCCCUGCAGUGCUCGGACAGCCGACCGAGCGCCCUGCAGUGCCGUCCCCACCUGGGUGAGGGAGGCUCCUGCAGCCUCCUUACGAGUCCGGUUUACUCCUCAUGCAGACAUGGACCUGAGGAAGCUCAGUUCAGGAGAUGCCGGUCGGAUGCCCUUUAAAUACUUCCAGUCCACAGAGGAAGCCAGGUGUGCCAUUGAGGCUGUGCUGUCCGCAGACCCUCGGUCUGUGUACCGACGGAAGCUCUGUCAGGACCGCCUUUUCUUCUUCACUGUCGACACGGCGCACGUCACGUGCUGGUUUGGCGAUGGCUUUGCUGAGGUUCUGCGGGUUAAACUGGCUUCUGAGCCUGUUGAGAUGACUGACCCUGAGGAGUCCUUGGUGGCUCUGGGGUCUUGAGUCCCAUGGUGUUUUUAGACAGCCCAGUUGACCUCUGGAUGUACCUGCUCUUGUUGUUUUACUGCUUUGGUUGGUACCUUUUAAAAUAUUGAUUUGAGCCGGGCGGUGGUGGUGCACACCUUUAAUCCCAGCACUUGGGAAGCAGAGCCAGGCGGAUCUCUGUGAGUUCGAGGCCAGCAUGGUCUACAGAUCGUGUUC